UUUCUCCAGGUGCCGUAAACGGAGCCUCAGCCCUCUGCCUGCCUCUUCUCUUCUGUCUUUUGUUAGGGUUCCUGAGCUCUCCUCUUCUCUCUGAGAAGUCAGAGCCCAAGUGUUCCUUUCCCAGGGAGGGAGUGCCCUUAGGGCCAGGGAGAGUGAAGGCCGGAGGAGGCACCAGCUGGAGAAGGAGGGCAGGGCCUGGAUGCCAAGUCUGGAAGGGAAGGAGCUGCUGGCCAAUCAGGAGUGAGCCGACUGCCCCCUGACCUGCUGGGCUGGGACAGCACAGGACCCACAGGCCGCCGUCCACACUCUCCGGCUUGGUGUCCUGGGACCACGUGGGGAUGAUGUUGUGGCUUCUUGUCCUCUCUGCUCUGGGUCUCCAGGCCUGGGGGGAUUCCUUCUGGAACAAAACACAAGCUGAACAGCUAUCAGAGGGGCUUCAGUCCCUAUUUGGCAACAUCUCCCAGCUCACUGAAAAAGAUGCCUCUACCACGGUCUCUCGCAAGGCAUGGGGGGCAGAAGCUGUUGGCUGCAGUACUCAGCUGACCACACCAGUGAAUGUCCUAGUUAUACACCACGUCCCUGGACUGGAGUGUCACGACCAGAGAGUCUGCAGCCAGAGACUGCGGGAACUGCAGGCCCAUCACGUCCACAAUAACAGCGGGUGCGACGUGGCUUACAACUUCCUGGUUGGGGAUGAUGGCAGGGUGUAUGAAGGUGUUGGCUGGAACAUCCAAGGUGUGCACACCCAGGGCUACAACAACAUCUCCCUGGGCUUUGCCUUCUUCGGCACUAAGAAAGGCUACAGUCCCAGCCCUGCUGCCCUGUCGGCCAUGGAAAACCUAAUCUCCUACGCUGUCCAGAAGGGCCACCUGUCAUCCAGGUACGUUCAGCCACUUCUUGUGAAAGGUGAGAACUGCCUGGCCCCUCGACAGAAGGAGAUCCUGAAGAAAGCUUGCCCCAGUAUCGUCCCACGGUCUGCAUGGGGGGCCAGGGAGACCCACUGUCCCAGGAUGACCCUCCCAGCGAAGUAUGGCAUCAUUAUCCACACUGCCGACAGGACCUGCAACAUUUCUGAAGAGUGCCGCCUGCUGGUCCAGGACAUCCAGUCUUUCUACAUAGACAGGCUCAAGUCAUGCGACAUUGGGUAUAACUUCCUUGUGGGCCAGGAUGGUGCCAUUUAUGAAGGGGUGGGCUGGAAUGUCCAAGGCUUCUCCACCCCUGGCUAUGAUGACAUCGCCCUGGGCAUUACCUUCAUGGGCACAUUCACAGGGCCACCGUCCACGCUCUUGCGGUCACAGUCCUGGGACCACGUGGGCAUGCUGCUGAGGCUUCUUGCCUUCUCCAUUCUGGGUCUCCAGGCCUGGGGGGAUUUUCCACAGUUCUCCUGGAAUGAGACCGAAGCCAGAGGCUUGUCGCAGAGGUUUAUGAACCUGUUUGUCGGCAUCUCACAGCUUAUUCACAAGAGUCGCAAUGAUACUCCCACCAUUAUCCCCCGCAAGGAAUGGGGGGCAAGACCGCUGGGCUGCAGUGCCCGGCUGACCCUGCCUGUGGCCUACGUCAUCACAGACCAGCUCCCCGGGAUGGAGUGCCAGGAGCAGAGCGUUUGCAGCCAGAUGCUGCGGGGGCUGCAGUCCCAUUCUGUCUACACCACAGGCUGGUGCGAUGUGGCAUACAACUUCCUGGUUGGGGAUGAUGGCAGGGUGUACGAAGGUGUUGGCUGGAACAUCCAAGGUUUGCACACCCAGGGCUACAACAACGUCUCCCUGGGCAUCGCCUUCUUUGGCAGUAAGAGAGGCGGCAGUCCCAGCCCCGCUGCCUUCUCAGCUGCAGAGGGUCUGAUCUCCUAUGCCAUCCAGAAGGGUCACCUGUCGCCCAGGUAUAUUCAGCCACUUCUUCUGAAAGAAGAGAUCUGCCUGGACCCUCAACAGCCAGUGAUGCCCAGGAAAGUUUGUCCCAACAUCAUCAAACGAUCUGCUUGGGAAGCCAGAGAGACACACUGUCCUAAAAUGAACCUCCCAGCCAAAUACGUCAUCAUCAUCCACACCGCUGGCACAAGCUGCCCUGUACCCAUAGACUGCCAGACUGUCGUCCGAAAUACACAGUCCUUUCACAUGGACACACGGAACUUUUGUGACAUCGGCUAUCACUUCCUGGUGGGCCAGGAUGGUGGCGUGUAUGAAGGGGUUGGAUGGUACAUCCAAGGCUCCCACACUUACGGAUUCAAUGAUAUUGCCCUAGGAAUUGCCUUCAUCGGCAACUUCGUAGAAAAGCCUCCAAAUGCUGCAGCACUGGAGGCGGCCCAGGACCUGAUCCAGUGUGCCGUGGUCGAGGGGUACCUGACUCCCAACUACCUGCUGAUGGGCCACAGUGACGUGGUCGACAUCCUGUCCCCUGGGCAGGCUUUGUACAACAUCAUCAGCACCUGGCCUCAUUUCAAGCACUGAAGGAGGCCCUGCUCCCUCUGAGACUGCCCUCCCUCCCCUGCUGGGCCUCUCCUGUCCUCACCAGCCACCCCGGCUCAGCACCUUGUGUUCCCCUCCCCUGCCAGCCCAUCCUGUCCUUCCUUUCUCAGGUUAGGAGAGUCACAUCCUCUCCUGCCAGCAUCCUCCAGGAGCCCCCAGACCUUGCAGCUGCUCACUCACAGCCCUCUUGGUCUGAGUUCAGACUUCCUGUCUCCUUACUUCCUCUCCCCCAGGGCACCUACUUCCUCAGCCAGGAGAGACAAUGAGCUGGUCCUUGUGGCAUUUCUCUCUCUCUCUCUCUCUCUCUCUCUCUCUCUCUCUCUCUCUCUCUGUCUUCCUGUGCCCCUCUGUCUGGCGAGCCUUCCCUGUUGUCUGCCUGGAAGCCCCCACUUUUUACCCCUUGCUCACGACCAGGUCAGCGUGCCCAUACACCCUCUCUGCUCACACAUGGACUGGUACAUAUUUGGAUGCAGCCCUUACCUUUCUUGAGGGCUGUAAUUGUUUAUAGAUGUGUCUGUCCUCUCCUCUGGGUUGUAAGUUUCUCCAAGGGAGGAAUUGUCUUUUAUUCACAACUGUCCUCAGUACCUCAGCAGUGUUUGGAGUUUAAUAGGUUCUGCAAAUGUUUGUUAAGGAAAGAAUGAAUAAAUGAGUGAGCGAACCCAGGUCCCUAUUCACCUUGCCAGUUUUCUUUGGCACU